AUGGAUGCCUCCAACUCAGCUAUGUCUACUCAAGUCAUAACCCAGGAACCAGAUCAGCAAUCAGAGAUCACGGUGUGCAUAACUCAACAGUCAGUUGUCCAGAUCACCCUGACCGGCCCCUCUCUGGUCCUCUCUAUCAUUGCUAUCAUCAUCGGCAUUCAAAUUCUGCAGCCAUCUCUUACCUGCACCCUUCUCGUACUGGCUCCAGUACCUUGGAUUAUUCACAACGAUUACCAAAACUUCUUAUCACUUGGGCCUGGGGGAACGCCUGCAACCUUUCUUGGCUAUUUGAAAAUCACAUAUCUCCGUCUCUUCGCUCUUUCGGAUCCCUACUCGCCAGCAACAUUUACCGAGAGUAUUUACCCAACCACUGGCUAUUACCAGAGGGUCCAGUCCUGGCUUCCAUUUCGAAGUGGUUCCCGCCCUAAGAUCGCUGGCAUCGCUCCCCAGAGGCAAUUGGAUCAACCUGGGUGCAAGAAGAUGUAUCAGAUGCUUCGUGCCAGCCUCGAAAACCUCGCCGUCCAGAACCCCGAAUCCUUCCGAAUCGGUACAUCAUGCUUCGAAAAGAAGGGCCUUGCCCUUUUUGCCAGGGACCCCAUCAACGCCACGUGCAGAGGAGAAGUCUGUCACGUCCAUCACAGUGAUCGAAGCCUGCACUUGAACUUGCAUCCUGAUGACGCCAAAUUGAUUCUAGAAAGGGGUUGGGGCGAACGACACCCACUUGCGAGGGGCGGCUGGAUGAAAGCCUAUGUUCCUCGUGAGUUUGUCAUGGUGUACGCCCCCAGGAACCGUAUGGAGCUUGAUGCUGUCUGUCGGAUCAUCGAAGCCGCUGGAUUUUGGGUUUCUGGCAAGCAGUUUGAAGUAGGGAUUAAGCCAGAGUGCCUUCCUGAUAAACAUUCGCAAUAG